UUCAAACAUCAUAUAUUAUAAAACAAUCUCAAUACUAAUGGCUACUACCAAGCUCGUCUACAUUCUCCUCAUCCUAUUCACCUUCACCGUAUCUCCGGCGAUCUCAACGGCCCCGGAACAUUGUGAUAGCGGCUUUGAUAACCCGUGCAUCAACAAAGCUAAGGCUUUACCACUCAAAAUCGUAGCCAUUGUUGCCAUACUUACAACAAGCUUGAUAGGCGUGACCUCUCCUCUUUUCAGCCGUUACAUUUCGUUCCUCCGUCCCGAUGGCAAUGGUUUCAUGAUCGUCAAAUGUUUUUCUUCUGGAAUCAUCCUUGGAACCGGUUUCAUGCACGUCUUGCCUGACUCUUUCGAGAUGUUGUCAUCGAAAUGUCUUAGUGAUAAUCCGUGGCAUAAGUUCCCUUUUGCGGGUUUUGUCGCUAUGAUGUCCGGUCUAGUCACUCUAGCCAUUGACUCCAUUACCACCAGCCUUUAUACCGGUAAGAACUCAGUCGGACCAGUGCCUGAUGAAGAGUAUGGCAUUGAUCAAGAGAAAGCGAUUCACAUGGUAGGCCACAAUCAUAGUCACGGUCAUGGUGUAGUGCUAGCAACUAAAGAUGAUGGACAGCUUUUGCGCUACCAAGUCAUUGCCAUGGUAUUGGAGGUUGGCAUUUUAUUUCAUUCUGUGGUCAUUGGACUAUCUCUAGGAGCAACUAAUGAUUCAUGUACCAUUAAAGGACUCAUCAUAGCUCUUUGCUUCCAUCACUUGUUCGAAGGCAUAGGUCUUGGUGGCUGCAUCCUCCAGGUACGAAUAUACAUUCAUACUAUAUAGUUUAUGUCUCUUAUAUCAAUUAGAAAUUUACGUUCAUAUGUAUAUAAUUUAUGUUAACAGGCAGAUUUUACAAAUGUGAAGAAGUUCUUGAUGGCAUUCUUUUUCACUGGAACAACACCUUGUGGUAUCUUUCUUGGAAUCGCAUUGUCGAGUAUCUAUAGAGAUAACAGUCCAACCGCGUUGAUUACGAUUGGACUGUUAAAUGCUUGCUCGGCCGGAAUGCUCAUCUACAUGGCCCUCGUCGACCUUCUAGCUACCGAGUUCAUGGGGUCAAUGCUCCAAGGUAGCAUCAAACUUCAGAUCAAGUGCUUCACGGCGGCUUUGCUUGGCUGCGCCGUAAUGUCGGUCGUCGCCGUGUGGGCUUAAACACUCUUUCAACAUAAUCAAUAAAUUAUUUGAUUUAUUAUUCAAGGCGACAAAUACUUUCGCCUUUGUAUAUUUGAGUUUUUGUUUUUAAGUUUGAUUCAUUUAUUAGUUUGUAUAGUGCAUGUAAGCGUUUGAAAGAAAUUUCUUUUUAUGACAUUGUAAAUUUAUUUUUAUGAAUGCGAUGUUUACUUUCUUCUUUGGAAUGACAUGUAUUUAA